AUGUUACAAGUUACUCCUAAACUCACAUCACAUAUACAUCCUGAAAAUAAGAAUGCAGCAUGGGAAAAUGGUUAUUAUAGAUAUAUUAUCUCUCAUUGUGCUGAAAAAUUUAAACAUGGUAAAGUUGAUGCUACUGUCAAAAACAAAACAUUUGGUAAAUUACUUGAGCAAAAUAAAUCGCCUGUACCGUCAAUACAGCCAUCGUGA